AAAAUACCCUUUUGUAUUCUCCUCUCUCUUAGCCUUCCACGAUCACAACCCAUUUUAUUCUGGUUCCCCUCCUCCACCACCAGCUGUCACCACCGUGACAGAACCCUACCGUCCCCGCGCCGGAACCCUCCGUAACAACCAACCACCAAACCGAUUGAACCCUAAUCCCCAAAUUUCGAAAGUCAAAUUCCGCUGCAACGUUGCUUUUUGAUUCAAACAUCGUCUAUAUCCCACUUGUCUGUUAAUCGAUCAACUCAGAUCCCAAAAGUCAACUGUCAGUUUUCAAUUGUUGAAGAUGGUUCUGGUCUUGGCACUAGGGGAUUUGCACAUACCCCACAGGGCACCUGAUCUUCCUGCAAAGUUCAAAUCCAUGCUUGUCCCUGGCAAGAUCCAGCACAUCAUUUGUACUGGAAAUUUAUGUAUCAAAGAAGUCCAUGACUACUUAAGGACUCUUUGCCCAGACUUGCAUAUAACUCGUGGUGAGUAUGAUGAAGAGACAAAAUAUCCGGAGACUAAGACACUAACCAUUGGCCAAUUUAAGCUGGGACUAUGCCAUGGUCAUCAGGUUAUUCCAUGGGGUGACCUCGACUCACUGGCAAUGCUACAGAGGCAACUUGGUGUAGAUAUCCUUAUCACAGGUCACACCCAUCAGUUUACAGCAUACAAACACGAGGGUGGCGUGGUUAUAAAUCCAGGCUCUGCAACAGGUGCCUACAGCAGCAUGACUUAUGAUGUCAACCCAAGUUUUGUUCUUAUGGACAUUGAUGCCCUCCGUGUCGUAGUUUAUGUAUAUGAACUUAUUGAUGGCGAGGUUAAGGUUGACAAGAUUGAUUUCAAGAAAACAUCUACAAGCUAGUCUGCGCAUUGAACACUUAUUUUGUUGAUACUCACUUUUAUCUUUCUUUUUCCUAUUUGGAUGUUUAGUUUUUUUUUCUCUUCAAACUUUUCAAGGGUGUACUGUGUUUCUAAGGUUUAUAUUGCUUUGAACAGUGUAUUUGGCCAUAUCAUAUAGGAUUCUUAGGAUUUGAUCAAUCUGUGAUCUAUUCGAAACUUGUAUGACUGAUUAGCAAUGACUUUGUGUACUCUUGUUAUCAGUGAUUGGCACAAGGAUGAGACACAGCAAUAACAAGUUAUUUGGCUUUUAAGGAAAA